AUGCAGCUCGUGGGGCUGAUGAUGUCUCCUCAGCCGGCGUACGGAAAAGAAACCGUCGAGUUCCUUGCCUCCCUCCAAGUAAACUUCUACGAGCCCGACGAGAUAACAUGGAGGACAACGGACGUGUUCCAUUUCGAUCACAAGGAGGGCCGAGAGACAGAGUUGGAUACUUCAGCAGCAGAACUCCAGGUCUUCUGGAUGAUGAUUGGUAUCGGCGAGUACAAGUCCAGCACGGCGAAGAGCACCCACAUAAGGAAUUCCACGCUGAGAUACGUCCACAAGGCCCUCACUCACACCAUUUAUGCGAGGAGAGAUGUGACAAACAUCAACGAGAAGGAGCUUUUUCUGAUGAACAAUGGGGUGGUGAAGUUCUUGCACACGCUGCAGACGGAACAAAGAUGGUUGAAGAUCGGUCCGACAACAGCAUGGCGACCUACCUGCUCAAGAGUUUCCUCAGCUACAGAGAGUAUGCCCUUUCUCUGGACAAGAUCGGAAAAGGAGGAAGUGGGCAGCUCAUACCUCUGCAAAACCACUUACCUCAGAGGUCAGCCGAUCAACGGGCGCCACAACUAUCAGUUCGCUUACGGCCCGUUCGACUACGAGUUGGCGAGUUUCUUUUUGCCGAACAAGGAGUUGACUUACCUCACAGUUAGGGAGAACGUGGAUUUCGAGCCGCCUAUUGAAGCUAUCCAAGAACAAGGCCAAGAGGAAGCUGAUCAUGUUAACCCGAGGGCCGCGGAGCGCGAUGGAGAAAUCUCAGGAGAUGAUGAGCUCCCAGAUGAGUACAAAACCAGAGGUUCCACUUCGGGGAUCACGAACUUGAGGAAGAAAGUGUGUUUGAGGAGACCCAAGAGGAUGCAUUGGCUCUCAAUGGAAAAUGUCUAA